AUGCCGCCUGGGUCGAGUCAGAAGGGGACGGGCAAGAAGAACUCGGCAAUACAGAAGCAGAGCCGCAACACUACGCCGGCUCCAGUCGCGACAGCUAGCCUACCUCCACAAGAUUUUUACGAUCCAGACUAUCUAAACACGAGAGUUAUCCUUUUCCGCAAUCUUACAUAUGACGAUAUCGUCGACCAAUCUGCCUCCAAUGCGACCAUUCCAGAUUCUAAGAGCCUCGACGGCAUGAUCGAACGAUUAAAGAGCCUAUCAAAUAUUAUGGAGAAGCGCUCGACGUUUUAUGACCGCGGCAUGAGACAUUUGGCAGAUGAGCGUAAGAAGCGACCAUCUGAAGAUUAUGGGAGCCGCGCCGAGGGUGAACAAGAAGGAAAAAGACCAAAGCAUAAAAGAAAGAAGCCCGAUUCACUGGCACCGCAGGAGACUAAUGUUGCAGAACGUUCGUCGCCGCUGCGAGAUUCUAAAAACCGCAAACACGACCGCGACCCAAGUUCUCCCUUGUCUCCUACACGUGCUGGCUCACCUGGCGAUGGUGACAAGAAGCCAAAAACGGAAGAGAAGAAAGAAGACGAAGACGAAUCCUCCAGUUCUGACGACGAAGGCGCGCCACCCCGGCGCGAACAACCUCAAGCCAUGACAUUCGGCGAAGACCCCUCGACUUUUCCCGAUCCAACGAUCUACGAAAUUAGACCAACUUAUCCUGGGAUGCCCGAUGAGGAGCGCAAAGAGAUUUACUCAGUUUCGACCUACCCCCCUUCAGAUCUUGCGGACCUUAUUGCUGGCGAUCCACCAGACAAGGACUUCAGCAAUGCCAAGCCCAACAGUCAGAUCAACUUCAGUACAUUUUCGUCGUAUGUCGAACCAUUUUUUCGGCCAUUUUCCGAGGAAGACUUGGCUUUCCUACGUGAACGAGGAGAUCGCGUGACCCCUUUCGUUAUGCCCAAACGUGGCAAGCGACACUAUACAGAAAUCUGGGCGGAGGAGGACGGCGCCAUGUCGAUCGAUACACCACAACAAGGACGCGACAAGCUACCACCAAACCAACCACGAGGAAGCAUUGACAAUAUGGACGACGAUGUUGGAGAAACCGACAAGCUAUCUGUCGGCCCUUUCUUGGCUCGCUUGAUGCAGACACUGAGGCCUGAGGCCCGGGCGCAGUCUGUCGAUGACAAACCCACAACAAAUGGAAUCACCAAUGGAGACGUUAGCAUGAAUGGUGAUGCCGAUGGUGACGAUAAGCCUGCCAGUACCGACGACAAAGCAAGCCAACAACCCGCAGCCUUCAUGCCAGAAUCAUCGACAGAGGCGUGGAAGAAGGCUUCGCACCCCAAGUUGGAAUACUCUCAAGUUGACGAACGUAUAAAGCAAGAACUCCGGCAUAUUGGGUUUCUACCUUUGGAAGGAUUGGAAGCAGAGUUCGACGGGCACUACGAUGACGAGGUUGCAGCAAGAUUACGCCUUUUGCAAAACAAGCUCAAAGACCAAAUGUUAAUCAACAGCGCACGCAAAGCUCGCAUGACAGAUCUCGUACGAGAACGAAUGGCAUAUCAGGAAUACCAAACAAUCUUGGAGGAUCUCGACUCUCAAGUACAGGCCGCAUAUCUCAAGCGGACUAGAACGAUGGGCAAAAGCAAGAAGACAAAACGCCCUGGAGGUGCAGGUGGCGGCAGCCACUUUGUGGGAGGCGCUGCGGGCACCGCUCGACCUGGCAUUGGUGAUCUUACAAAGACACUCAUGGAAAGGCGAAAACGAUGGAUCGACACUAUCGGGUCUGUGUUUGACGAUGAAAGUCUGCGUAAGGUUCCAAGAAUGGAAGACCCUGAAAGUUCCAUCUUCAAGCCUACGGAUAUGGCGGAACUUAUGAACAAGGAAAAGGAACAGUGGGAUGAGGAGGUGGAAGAGGAAUAG